AUGGAGCUGAGCCUGGAGAGCCUGGGGGGCCUGCACGGCGUGGCCCACGCGCAGGCAGGCGAGCUGCUGAGCCCAGGCCACGCGCGCUCGGCGGCGACGCAGCACCGCGGCCUGGUGGCACCCGGGCGCCCGGGCCUGGUAGCCGGCAUGGCGAGCCUGCUGGACGGCAGCGGCGGCAGCGGCGGCGGCGCCGGGGGCGCGGGCGGUGCGGCUGGCGCGAGCGGCGGCGCAGACUUCCGCGGGGAGCUGGCUGGCCCGCUGCACCCGGCUAUGGGCAUGGCCUGCGAGGCACCCGGCCUGGGCGGCACCUACACGACGCUCACGCCCCUGCAGCACCUGCCACCGCUCGCGGCCGUGGCUGACAAGUUCCACCAGCACGCGGCGGCUCACGGCGGCCACCCUCAUGCGCACCCGCACCCGGCGGCCGCACCGCCCCCACCGCCCCCGCCGCAGCGCCUGGCUGCCAGCGUGAGCGGCAGUUUCACCCUCAUGCGCGACGAGCGCGCUGCGCUCGCCUCCGUGGGCCACCUCUAUGGGCCCUACGGCAAAGAGCUGCCUGCCAUGGGGUCGCCGCUGUCGCCGCUGCCCAACGCGCUGCCACCCGCGCUGCACGGCGCCCCGCAGUCCCAGGCGCCACCGCCGCCCCCUCCGCUGGCCGCUUACGGCGCUCCGAGCCACCUGGCCGGAGACAAGCUGCUGCCGCCCGCCGCCUUCGAACCGCACGCCGCGCUGCUAGGGCGCGCAGAAGACGCGCUGGCUCGCGGGCUGCCGGGAGGCGGGGGCGCGGGCAGCGCGGGUAGCGGGGGCUCCGCUGGGCUGCUGGCGCCGCUGGGCGGGCUGGCAGCGGUCGGGGCGCACGGGCCGCACUCGAGCGGCGGCGGCCCGGGCAGUGGCGGCGGCCCUGGGGCUGGCGCGGCGGCAGAGGAGAUCAACACCAAGGAGGUGGCGCAGCGCAUCACCGCGGAGCUGAAACGGUACAGCAUCCCUCAGGCCAUCUUCGCGCAGCGCAUCCUGUGCCGCUCACAGGGCACACUCUCUGACCUGCUGCGCAACCCCAAGCCGUGGAGCAAGCUCAAGUCGGGCCGCGAGACCUUCCGCAGGAUGUGGAAGUGGCUGCAGGAGCCCGAGUUCCAGCGUAUGUCGGCGCUGCGCCUCGCAGCCUGCAAGCGGAAGGAGCAGGAGCAGCAGAAGGAGCGUGCACUGCAGCCAAAGAAGCAGCGCUUGGUGUUCACUGACCUGCAGCGUCGCACGCUGAUCGCCAUCUUCAAGGAGAACAAGCGGCCGUCCAAGGAAAUGCAGGUCACCAUCUCGCAGCAGCUCGGCCUGGAGCUCAACACCGUCAGCAAUUUCUUCAUGAACGCGCGGCGCCGUUGCAUGAACCGCUGGGCCGAGGAGCCCGGUGCGGCCCCCGGGGGCCCCGCCGGCGCCGCCACUUUCUCCAAAGCCUGA